UCGAAUUGCAUCUUUCUACUACAAUUGUAUUCUAAGCAGCGGCAAUUGAAGUGGUCAUAAUAAACCAUAGAUAGGACUCUCGAGGACCCCGCCCAUUUAUCUUCCUCCCUAUUACCUUGAACACCUUAUACCGCUGCACAUGUCGCAAAGAUGAGUGCCUCAACCGUCCAGCAUGCGGGUUCGGUCUUUCAAUCAAAGGCUACCGCACAAGCUGCUGCCGCUUGUCCGUCAAGAAACUGGUCGGGCAAUAUUCCAAUGUCCACAAGUCAGAAGUGUCCAUCAAGGCAGGCUAAAGUUCGUCCGCCCGUCUGAAGCCGAUACUGUGGGAUCAAAUGGAUAUCUCCGCCCAAGUUCGAGGAGGCGUGUAUCUGCCAGUCGCUACGUUCCAGUGGUAUAUAAGAGAUAUUACACUUCAACACUUCGGAAAGAGCUCCAACAGAAUGAAGAAAAGACCGCGUCUACCCAUGUCGAGAAACCACAUGAGGCGGUACCUACACACGUAACCGGUCCCUGCGCACAGAAUGAGGAGAAUUUCCACUUUGAAGCUGAAGAUUCUGGACAUGAUGCUGAAGAAACCGCCGCAGAUGGCGGGCAAAUAGCCGACGGAGAUGGUGCGAACGUGGCGUCUAACGUUCCCAAAAAGCGCAAACAUUUUGACCUCACUCUUCCAGCAGCAAAUCUCCUCAGUGCGGUGGAUGCAAUACGUCUCGCCCGGGAACAUGGACUGACCGACGAGGAGGUUGUGCCCACCGCUUAUUCGGCAAAGGCCGAGCCUACAUGGGCGGGAGAUAUCUUGCGCCACAACCAUGUGCUUGCUGCAAAGAUGAAAUCAGACCUUGCCGAGAGCCGGCGAACCGAGAAGAUGCAGGCGAUGCUUGCUUCGAGGCACAAGCUGCCCUUGAUGUCUGAGAAAGUCCGACCAAGGUUGUUGGAGCUCAUUAAGAGCUGUGACGUUACUAUCGUCUUGUCCAAGACGGGCUCCGGAAAGACGACGCAAAUACCACAGAUCAUCCUUGACGACAGGGUCUCCAGUAAUCAGGGACCAUCCACAAGUAUUUUGUGCACCCAACCACGCCGGAUCGCUGCCACGUCGACCGCUCGAAGGGUGGCGUAUGAACGUGGAGAGAUGUUGAAGGACUCUGUUGGCUACCAUAUACGCAACGAGAACUGGCUUCCGCGGCAACAAGGGAGCAUUACCUACUGUACAACUGGCAUCCUGCUGAACCGCUUGGUUGCGGAUGAGUGGGGGACACUGCAAUCUCAUUCGCACAUCAUCAUUGAUGAAGUCCACGAGAGAGACGUCCAAAUUGACUUGGUACUGGCAAUUCUUCGCAAGGCAGUGCAGCGCAGGAAAGCUGCUGGCGAAAGAUUCCCCAAGAUCAUUCUGAUGAGUGCAACAAUUGACCCAAGCAUGUUUCUCGACUAUUUCAGGCAACCGACGGACGCCGGAAUCGCCCUUACUGCAGAGAGUUUCAAGGUUGAAGGCUCCACGCACCAUGUCCAAAUGCAUUAUUUGCCCGAGAUAUUGUCGGAGCUUACCAAAGGAGACGAUCUCGACCCCACCAUGCAUGCUCUCCUCCAGGGGAAGAAGGCCGAAAUCUCCAGUGCCGAUUAUAUCCGGAACGAAAUGCAGUUUGUGAAGAAGCAAUCCCGAGGUCCACAGUCUGAACACAAUAGUCAACCUGACCAGUCGACAGUCGCGGAUGCCACGGAAGGUGCUUCUUCAGAGAUAGACCGUGGCUAUGUCGGCCUGGCAACAGCGGUGAUAGCACACCUAGCACACGGUAAGCCGCAGGGUGAUAUAUUAGUCUUUCUGCCUGGGAGAGCAGAUAUUGACGAGAUAUAUCAUCUCCUAACCAGCCUCAGACCACUCGGCGUCAACUUCACGGACACCGCUCGGUUCAAAAUCUUCAAACUUCAUUCUCGGUUACGCGACUCCAACGACGAGGUAUUCCAACCGCUGAGCCCAGGAUGCAGACGGAUCAUUCUGGCUACAAACAUUGCCGAGACUUCCGUCACUCUGCCUGAGGUGGUUUAUGUCGUGGAUAGCGGAUUGCUACGGACUCAAAACUUCGAUCCGCUUACACGGCAGCGGAGCUUGCCAUAUGACUGGAUCAGCAAGACAAGCGUGAUUCAGAGACGUGGCCGUGCCGGACGAGUUCGAAAUGGGCACUACUACGCGCUUUUCACUAAAGAACGACAGGAGUCAUUCAUAGCGAUGCGCCGUCCCGCCAUCGCCGUGUCUGACUUGGUCAACGUCGUCCUGCAGCUCAAGGCUCAUCCGCAGCAGGUGGACGUGCGGGAGUUCCUGCGUGAGACGAUCGAGCCACCUCCGGGCGAGGCCGUUGAAAGCGCCAUAAAGGACCUUCAGAGUCUGCAUGCCCUGACGGUUGAAGAUGAAAAAAUCACAAACCUAGGCCUUCUACUCUCUCGCUUUGCUCUACACCCAGCGGCUGCCAAAGGCAUUUUCCUUGGAGCAUUGUUCGGGUGUCUGGAACCCAUGUUGAUUUUGGCAUGUCACAGUUCCACGGAUUCGCUGAUCUCGCAUUCAGACUUUACAACGCGACAGCUUGUGGAAAUGAAGCAGCGCCUGGCGUCAGAUUACGAAAGCGAUUUGGUGUCCUUGAUUGAAGCAUUUCGAGAAUACCACGCAGCUUAUCGGGCCGGAGACGUUGAUCUCAUGAAAGACCUCCAGCAAAGACGGCCCGUCAGACACCACGUGUACCUGGAUAUGAUGCUUGCCAGCAGCGCCGUGCAUGACAUAUUGGCAGAUGUCGGUUUCUUACCCGGUCCGGAAGCCGGACACACAGUGUUCGAGCUUUUGCCACCCGCGAUGAACUCGAACCGUGACAACAUGGUCCUGGUGAAAGCUCUGGCACUGAACACCAUUACUCCGGAGCUGGCGGCGUGGCGGGAACGGAGACCGUCGAAAAGGUUAUGGAGUUUGGACAAUCCGGAUGUUGCGGGACUGGUGCCUCGCGACAGCGUGAACGAAAAGCCUACCAGGAGGCAGAGCCGGAUGACCCGCAAGUACAGAUCGGACGGGCGGCUGCUCGCGUAUUCGUGGAAGGAGUACGUGGCCGACUCGAACCCCAAGAGCGUCUGGCUCGUGCAGACGUCCAUGGUCACGCCGUUGAUGGCCGUGCUGUUCAGCCGCACCGUCUCCCUGACGAGCCCGCGCAUCGUCAAGAUCAACGACUGGCUUCGUCUGCGACUGAAUGCCGAGGAAGGCACACCUCCCGUCCUAGCGGAGCAUAGCGCGCGCAUCCUGGUGGAGUUGAGGAAGACCAUUGGCCGAUUUGUCGCCCUUGCGUGGGAGGAACUUGGAUUUCUCGAUCUUUCACGAAUCCCAAAGGAUAGCAGGACCGGCAGCAGGAGGCUGGGUCGGGACUCGCCAUCGAGCAAGAAGAAUGUGGUGGAGGAGGAGAAGGACAACCAGCGCCGUCCUCCUUCAUCCCGGGUUCUGCUCAACGAUACUCUUCGCAAAGUCCUGGUUGAUGCCAUUGUCAACAUGCUCAAUGAAGAUGAUGCCUACUGGCGGGCUUUUCGAGAUCAAAAACGCAUCGAGAAUCUCGAGGCCGAAGCUAGGCGGGUCGAAGAAAUGAACCUCGCUCGCGACAACCAGCCCAUCGAAGAGGAAGACGACGACAGCGACGACGACGCUGGUGGUGACGAUAUGGAAGACUCAGAAACCACCACUGGCAACCCGGCUGAUUCUGGUUCUGGUUCUGGCUCUGGGCCUCGGCCUCGUGCCCGUGUCGCCCGUCCUAAUACUGGUGAUGCACACAACUCGGACGUUCUUGCCGACCAAACAUUGGCGGCACUAGCAUCCAUGAUGAGCCAGCGAGGAAACAGGCCAUCGACCGCAUCUCCGCCACAGAAUCUUGAAUGAUUGUAACAGAUCUAGUUCCUCCGCGUCGGGGCAAACAGGACCAGUGAGAUAAGCAGCGUGUUUCUGCUGGUGGGGAGGAUGGGUACGCGCCAACUACAUACACAUGUAUAAAUUCUUGUAGUAUAUAUCUGCCAUGAUACCUGACCAAAACAAUAAAAGUUGGACUCAAUACCUAUAGUCGUACCA